AUGCAAAAGCCGAACUUUUUAGUAAUCUCGACGUCCAACUUUUUAGCGCUUCAAAGUUCAGCUUCAGAUUCUACUGUGAUUAUAAACCGUGCCUCAGGGUCUAUCACGGUCGAACCAAAGCAGACUCUUCCUCAUACGACUCCAAUUGAAUGCUAUGGCUUUCUUGGAAUUUCACAUUUUUCAGCUUCAAAGUACCUCAUAGCAAUAUCCCAAGUGCAGACAGUAGGAAGAAUUAAGGACUGCUUUAUUUAUCAAAUCAAAGAAAUCGACUUCAUACCAUAUCGUUUGUCAAUGGAUGACCUGCCUGAAUGCAAAGAAGAUAAAGCAUUUAUGAAGAUGCUACAUAGUGUUAUUCAUACAAACUCAUUCUAUUUCUCUUAUAAUUAUGAUAUAACCGACACUAUUCAGAAAAUCUCCAACUUUUCUGAGCACGAAAAAAGUCUAUCGCCUUGGGAACGUGCUGAAAAGCGAUUUUUUUGGAAUUACUCAAUGUGCCAAGAUUUCAUACAAGCUGGUGUGCAUGAAUUGAUAUUGCCAGUAAUGAAUGGCUUUGCUAGAGUGGAGACAGUAAACUAUAAAGGAAAUUCAUUAGACUAUGCUUUGAUUUCUAGAAGAGACCAUAGAAGAAAUGGGACAAGAUUUAACACUAGAGGAUUAGACUCAGCUGGGAAUGCAGUGAAUUUUGUCGAGACUGAACAAAUUAUUGGUUUAUGAAAAGAUAGGGAUUUUGUUAUAUGCUCUUAUGUACAAACAAGAGGUUCAAUUCCUAUGCUUUGGUCACAAAAACCUAACCUAGCUUGGACUCCAAAACCAAAAAUUAAUGGCUCAGUUCAGCAGAAUGAAGAGAGUUCAGGCCUACAUCUGACCGAAUUGAUGGAAAAGUAUGGUGGUGUCACCCUUGUCAAUUUAAUAGACAAAAAAGGGAGCCAAAAUGCGAUCGGCACAGCUUUCACUGAUCUUUAUCAUGUCCAUUCAAAUGAAAAGCUCAAUUAUGAAUGGUUUGAUUUCCAUGGAGAGUGCAAAAAAAUGAAAUGGGAAAACAUAGCUAGGCUUUUGCAUUCAGUUGCCAAAAAAAUAGAAAGUUAUGGCUACUGCCAAGUCUCUACUGGAGAAAAUGAUUAUAUGAUCCAUUCGCAAGUGUAUAGAAAACAAAGUGGAAUUUUCAGAACAAAUUGCAUGGAUUGCUUGGAUAGAACAAAUGUGGUGCAAAGCGUUUUUGCUAGAAAUUCAUUGCAUAGCCAACUUAAUGGGCUAGGUAUAGGAGAUAAAGCAACUGGGCAAGCUUUUCAGCCUUUUCCAGAAGAACUAGAAAAAUGCUUCAGAGAAUGCUGGGUGCAAAACGCUGAUAGGCUAAGCAUUCUUUAUUCAGGAACUCCAGCUCAAAAGACAGAUUUUACUCGAACAGGAAAAAGAACAAUUAAAGGAGCUUUAGAUGAUGGGAAAUACAGUUUGCAAAGGUUUGUGGAAUAAUAAAAUGGCAUUCGGUUCGAGAGAAAUUAGCUUUGCUAAUUUUCUCUCCCUCAUGGAAUUUUAUUAUUAGGGUUAGGUUUUCACUCGCGAACUUCUGGGACAGCAAUAGCGGUUUAACUUUGGGGAUAACCAAAGGAACCACUCCUCAGUCCACUCAAGAUCUCGGGCUUUUACCUCUCAGCACAUCCCCACGGGAGGAUGACCCUUAGGCGGAACACGCGCAGGAGCUGAGUCGAGCGACAAGGGCGACGGCAACGCGCCGGGUGAGACGUGCAGCAAGGCCGGUGAAGCAGGAGUUGAUAGAAGGCUUGGACGGGGCUGACCCGUACCAAGAUGGCUCGCCUACGUCAUCAGUUUUGCCAUAGGCCCUUUUGGGCUGCGGCACUAGACACCUUAAACACCAGAUAAUUAAGUAAGUUAAGUAAGCAAAGGUUUGUGAUAAACAAUUUCCUUGAUGGCGCCAAUCAAAAUGCAUGGGAUUCUUUCCUCGGCAAAAUUACACCGAAAAAAGCAAAGGAAAAAAUGAAAUGGAAGUAUAUGACUUUGCUCAAAUUUAUGCUGAUUUUGAUGGCUGCUAUAUGGUUUUCAAUAUGGACUGCAAAUCACAGUGCAGGGAAUUUCGCCUUUUGGUUUAUUUUUGUCUUUUGCUUUGGCAUAUCAUUGAAAAUGCUAAAAUCAAAUGGUUCGAAGUUAGUAGAUAAGCCUAUUAUAAACACUUAA